CAAACAAGCAUACAGCCAUAUUUAAGCUUUAAGGAAAGCAGGAACGCCCAAAAGAGAGAGCGGAAGGGUCCGAGGGGUUGCAUAUUAAGAGGGGCGGCGUGUAUAAUGAAUAAACGAUCCAUAUAUUUUACCUGUUCAAAAUAUUUCUUGAACAAGGAAAAAUACAGCAUUUGUACAACCCAUUUGCAAGGAUUUUAAUCCUUGUCUAAGACAAUAUUUACGUUGAUAACGAAAGAUUCUCUUGUGCUGACGCGAAAGCAAGAAAUGUUUAAAAACUAUUUCCAGCAAGGAAAGCAGUAGUUUCUGAAAUGCAGGCUAAGUGGCGAACGCUUAAGAGCCGCGCGCCGGCAGGUGCCGAUUCCGCUGGGCUGGGCGCACGUGCUACGCAGCGAGGCCUGGUCUUCCAGUUCGACAAGGGCGCCGACUGCGAGGAGCUGCUGGACCACUUCUUCGCGGCGCUCGCCCGCAACGACAGCGUGCGCCUGGUGCGCUUCACGGCGGCGGAGGUGGCGCGCUUGGCGGGCUACGCGCGCCUGCACACCUUCGAGCUCGUCAUCACCUGCCUGGAGGACAGCGCGCACGACAGCAGGGAUCGCAAUUCAAUGACAAUUGCGAAGGAAACCGCUUAA